UUAAACAGGCGCCGUAGGUGGUGAUGGCGGUGAUGAUGCCGAUGAUAAGGAAAAGGCAGAGGAGGAGGAGAGAGAGCGUCAGGAGGCCAUCCGUGAGGCCGAAGAACGACGCAAGGAGAAGCAUCGUCGUAUGGAAGAGGAGCGUGAAAAAGAUGCGACAAGAUAUACGUGAUAAGUAUAACAUCAAGAAAAAAGAAGAGGUAGUAGAAAUGCAGCCGCAAGAGGAACCAAAUCCUUUGAUGAGAAAAAAGAAAACACCUGAAGAAUUGGCUGCCGAAGCUGAACAGGAAGAGCUGGAUGAUUUUACAAAACUGAAAAAUCAAAUAGAAACGCAAGUAAAUGAGCUAAAAACCCAAAUAGAGGGAAAAUGCGUCAUGCAGUGAUAUGUCAACAUAAUAUAUAUAAUAUAAAGAAAAUAAUUAAAAUAAAACAUAUAUAUAUAUAAUUUAUAUAUUAAUAACAAAAUAAUAAUAAUAAAGAGAAGAAACAAAUUAACAUAACAAAAGAUAAUAUUUCAUAAUAAAAGUAAUAACAAAAUAAAUAAUUACAAUAAUAUCUAUAACAAAGAAUGAUUAAUAAAUUUAAAAUAAAUUAAUUAAAUGGCGGAUUAUAUAUAUAUACACAAAGAGAGAUAUACAUAUAUAUAUAUAUAUAUAUAAUAAUAUGGAAGUAAAACUGCUGAAUUGCAUGAAAACCAAAUAAGGCUACAUAUAUAUAAUAAAUAAAUAAAACACUUUACAUAAACCGACAAAAACAAAUAUAUAUACAUAUACAAUAGUCUAUACAAAACAUUAACAAAAUAUUAUAUAUAUACAAAAGAAAUCUCUAUAUAUAUAUAUAGACAUACAUGUAUAGCAUAUGUAUAUAACCAAGUAUAUACUGAGAACAAAUAAAGUAAAAUCCAUUAACAACAACAGCACUACUACUACAACAACAAUACUUAUUAUUGGGUAACCAAAAUAUAUACAUACAUAUAAAAAUUUCAACUUUUAUCUUAAAUAAUAAAUAACAACUGGAUAUUUAACCCCCCCCCAAAAACAAAACAACAACUAAAAUAAAAUAAUUAUAAUAACUGAACAAAAGUUUAAAUAGUAACAAAUCUUUAAAAGAAAAACUUAACUUAACCUCUUAUAAACAAAAGUAAACGAAACCAAAAAGCUGGCUAACCUUAUGCAUCUUACAAAAAACAACAACUACUACCACCAUCACCACCACUAUUACUACAACUAAAUACAACUUUAACUAAUUAUUAUAUACAAAAAAAAAAAAAAACAAAAACAAAGAAACAAACAACCGGAAACAAUUAUGUUACUCUACCAUAGCUAAAUUAACCAAAGAUCUCUUACCAAUUUAUUUAUUUACAUACAUAUA